AUGGGUGACGAAACUCCAUUGCCCCAAUCUGCAAUCCAAAUAAUACAAUCUCUUCUAACCAGAAAAGGAGCUGCUCGGACGACCAGUCUGUCAAAAUCAUGGCGCAACGUGUGGCUGACUAGCCCACACCUCGAACUCGAUGAGAGCAAUCUGCAAACCUCGACAAUCGGCAACCUCACCUUCGAGCUCUAUUCGGCGACCUUCGACGGGCCCCGAUCUCUGAUGGGCUGCGACCUUCGCAAGCCGAUGGCCGCCCACCACGUUGCCGGAUGCCCUACGCGGUUGUAUGCGACUUGUAAGUUGUUCCGACCGUCAAAUCGAACCCGCCGGAAAAUCUACUCCAUCUACUCCGGCGUAAUAUUUGCAACAUUCGAAAUGGCAACCCCGAUGGAAGGGAUUCCCGAUAAUGUGGACUCGGGAUCGGUUCCGAAGCCUUCGGUCAUAUACCGUUGCAAGAAAUGCCGAAGAAUUGUUGCCACGGAAGAGUAUAUCAUUCCCCAUGACCGUGGUGAAGGACAAAAGUGUUUCAGAGGGAAAUGGAAAAACGACCCUGAAAUGGAAGCUCCGACUGAUUGCUCGUCUAUUUUCGUGGAGCCCAUGAAGUGGAUGCAAACACUAGAGGAAGGUUACUUGGGAGAUAAGCUUCAAUGUUUCGGUUGCAAGACUCGAUUGGGCACGUUUAGUUGGGUCGGUUUGCAGUGCAGUUGUGGGAGGUGGAUUAAUCCCGCGUUUCAGCUUCACAAAAGCCGUUUGGAUGAGUGUCGUGUUUAA